CGCAAAUUACAUGAAUGCGUUUUCUUUUGCAAUUUACAUCUAUAUAUCUAUAUAUGACGUGUGUUCACAACAAACAGCUAACACUUAUACUUGCUAAUAUUGUGACAUUUUGUUCCCGCACGCUGCUCCAUCUCAACAAAGAAACGAUCUUUGGCAGUAACAACAAGCCACAGCCUCUGAAACGGGGAAACCCAACAUGGUUCGUUUAAAACUAGUGUGGAGAAGCCGGUAGUUAGCCGGAGCCAACAUGUCGGACUCUCUGGAGAGAUCUACGAAAAUCAACUUGUUAAAGGAGCCGAUUGUGAAGAAACUUUGUGAGGUGUUGGAUAAAUCGAGCAAUAAGGGAUGGCGAAAACUUGGAGAGAUCGUGAGCAGUGACAGGCGGUUUAAAGUCAGUUCAGACGACAUGGAGAUGUGUUCCCUCAGGGUGCUGGAGGUGGAAGGCAGCCCCAGCCUGACGCUGCUGAGGCUCAUGGGAGAGCGAGGCUGCACUACGGGUCACCUCAUGGACUACCUCCAAACUCUGGGCAACUUGGACGCUCUGCAGUGCCUGAAACCACCAGCAUUACAGAUCCUCAUUCAGCCGCAGUCCGUAGCUCUAAUUUGUGGCCACAAUCUGCGUCUCAGCUGCCAUGCAGUGGGGAAAUCUCCUGUCCAGUACCAGUGGUUCAAAUCCAGAGAAGAGGUACCAAACAGCUUCUCUCCAGAGCUUCUGAUAAGUCCUGUCCAGCUGAAGGAUGCCGGCUUUUACAUCUGCAGGGUCAACUGUGGCGAUGCUUGUGAAUUCAGCCAGUGGGCUCAGGUGGAUGUCCUAAAUGUCACCAUGUCUUAUGCCCCAGGACAGAGUUAUCAGUCCAUAGACGGACGGCUGAAAUUGGCAAUCCAUCCUCAGUCCCAGCGACUGCAUGUUGGGGAAACCCUGCAGCUGGAGUGUGGUGCUGUGGGCCGGCCGAUCCCUCGAUACCAGUGGCACAGGAACGGAGUGCCGAUCCCAAACGCCACAAAGAGAAAACUCAUGAUUCCCCAGUUAAUGCAGGAUCAUCAUGGCAGGUAUCGCUGCGAGAUCAGCAGCAGCACGGAAAGAAUGUGGACCAAUGAAGUUGAUGUUGUGAUAGCACCGAGGAUAUCUGUCCAGAUUUCAGGGGCAAUGGAGUGCUCUGAAGAUGAUAUUUACGCCAUCGGAGGAGAUUCCUGUGAACUUUUCCUAAAUAGUUUGCCUGAGCAACUUUACGCAACUGACAAAGUGGCCCUGCUGAUCGGUAACCUGUCGUACCAGAACCACCCGCAGCUCAAGGCCCCCAUGGUGGACGUGUACGACCUCACCAACCUCCUGCGGCAACUGAACUUCAAAGUGGUUUCACUGCUGGACCUCACCGAGUCGGAGAUGAGGAACGCCGUGGACGAGUUCCUACUGCUGCUGCAUAAGGGGGUUUACGGUCUGCUGUACUACGCUGGACACGGAUAUGAGAACUACGGAAACAGCUUCAUGGUGCCGGUGGAUGCACCGAACCCGUACCACUCCGCCAACUGCCUGUGUGUACAAAGCAUUCUGAAGCUGAUGCAGGAGAAGGAAACGGGCCUCAAUGUUUUUCUGCUGGACAUGUGCAGAAAAAGGAAUGUUCAUGAUGAAAGCACUCCGAACAUCGUCCUGAGAGUCACGGCCAACAUUGUCUUUGGAUAUGCGACGUGCCAGGACGCUGAGGCCUUUGAGUUGAGCUCCACGGGUUUCACCAACGGCGUGUUCGUUAAGUUUUUAAAGAAACGGCUGCUGGAUGACGAGAAGAUCACGGUGGUGCUCGACAGAGUGGCAGAAGACAUGGGUCAGUUUGACGCCACAAAGGGAAAGCAGGCUCUGGAAAUCCGUAGCAGCCUAUCAGAGAGGAGGGCGCUGACCGACCCCAUUCUGCCCGGCGACAGUGCAGACCUCGUUCACGCUCACAGCAGACAGUGGGCAAAAGCUCACGAGCUUCCUGAAAGCAUGAGCCUGAACUUUGACUGCGGCGCUCAGAUCAAGCUGGGCUUUGCUGCAGAGUUUUCCAACGUUCUCGUCAUUUACACCCACAUUGUGAAGAAGCCCGAGGACAUGUCCUUCUGCCAGGCUCACGUCACCGACUUCUCUCUGGACCUUGAUGUUGAUCCAAAGGAAAUGAACAGAGAGACUCCCGAGGAGACGGGGAUCUACCUGCUGUCCAGCAGCCUGCCGCAGCACUGCCUCUACACCAGACUCAGCUCUCUGCAGAAACUCAGGGAGGAGCUGGUUUUCACCGUUUGCCUUCAGGGAACGUUUGCAGCUAUGGACGAUGACCAUCCCAUAUUCUGGACCAAAAGCGUGAACAUCGGGAAGCCGCUGAUCGCCCGGCUGGACCUGCACCGGGCCGUGCGGCGGAACAGCUGCCUGCAGACCUGCAUGAUGCCCCACAGCCCGUCCCAGAGCCCCUGCCACAGCCCGGGCCCAGAGCACCAGCACCACCUGCACCACGGGUCGCACCAGGACUACAGCCGCCUGUCCCCGCAGCACCGCUACCUGCACAUCAGCGAGCACGCUCAGGGCGCAGCAGGCGGCUGCGGCUUCUCCUGCUACGACCAGCUCAGUCAGUGUGACUUUGACCGGACCUACGAGUCCGACGGACUCCUGAGCUCCCCGGGGAAGCUGAGCAUCCCCAUCGAGGCGACGGAGGACAUCAACGAGCUGCAGGCCGUGUUCAUCAGCAGCCUGCACCUUCAGCCUCAGUGACACGGAGCCUCCAGCUCGCUCAAAGGACGGAUUUCUGUUCUGCUGCUGUUAAAUUACCUUCUUUACCCUUGAAUUUCUGAGCAUUAGUAGGCUGUAUUUAGAUUUUACAGCGCCCCCUACAGGGGACAUGGGGGACUUUUUUUUUUACCUCACAAAAGUAUUGUGUUCCCUUGCGAUAAAUUAUAUUGUAGGGCCAUUGUACAAAGAAUAAAAAGUACAUUUUUGCCAAAAAUAUUUUGAGUCUAAUCUGAGAAAUUUUCUUGAAAAAAAUUGCUAAUUUUUGAGUUUCAAAUGUUGAAGAUUUGCUAGAAAAAACUCAGAAAACUUUGAGAUUGAUCUGAUAAAUUAUCUAGGAAAAAAUCUUUCAAAUUUCUGAGUUUGAAAUGUCAGAAAAUUCCUAGAAAAACUCAUGUUUUCUAGAUAAAACUUGGAAAUUUCUGAGUUUUAAAAGUUGGAAAUGUUUUACUUUUAGAAAUUUCUCCAAAACUUUUCCAAAGUUUUUUUUCUAUAAAAUUGAGAUUAAUCUCAAAAUUUCUGAGCUUUUUUUACAGCAAAGUUUAAACUUCUGAAAGUUAGAAAUUUCCAAGUUUUUUUCUAGAAGGUUUUUUUGUCAGAAAUGUAUCACAACUUUUUUAUGUAUGCACAAUGGCCCUAACACACUGUCGUGAUUUUCAACACAAUCACAAUCACAUAUGUCAGUUAAACCUGUACAUUAAACUUUAAACAAAAAUGUGUUUCUACAUUCUUAACUUGUUGGAGCUGAAAAUUGGUUGAAAAUUAAUCUAUUAAUUGGUUGUCCACAGUUGUUUAUGUAAUAUCUUUCAUGUUUUGUGGCUUUUUGCACAUAAAUUUGUGGUGCAUUUAUCCAAAAGAAAAAUAGGUAAAACUUUAGAUAACUCAAAAAUGAAAUGAUACCUGGAAAAGCCUUUCAAAACCUUCCAUGAUGCUGCAUGAACUGAAUACUAAAUACAUUAUUACGUGGGAGCGCAAAACCUUUGUGAGGUAACACACAAAAAAAAAAUUACAUAAAACUUUGUGCAUAAAGGUUUUAUUUUAAAAAUGUAUUUUUGUAAAUUGUCAUUGUUGAAUGUAGUUUGUGUUUGCUGUGGAUUUGAUCGUCACUCUGUAUAGGAAGAACAAAAUAUAUUCCAGUUUUUCUCAAUUAAUUAACCCAAAAAAUUUUUAGUAAGUUUUUAAUUCAGAAAGUGAAACAAAAUUUAUUUCCCUGAAACCUUGAAUAAUUACAUAAGACCAAUAAAAAAAUUUUUUUAUUAAUA